UCCACAUGUGAAAGACCGAUUUUUGUCUGAAAAUUGCAUUUACGAUGGUAGACACGGCAGAAAAGACGAAAGAAACGAAAUUAUUUUCGAAAUUACUCACAAAAAUCAGUGAACGCAAGAAAAGCGGCGGAUCGGAGAAGAAAAAGCCCAAAAAGAAGGUCGAAGGAUACAAUUCCGACAGUGACGAAUCAUCCGAAGAACUCUACAACGGACUUAAAAAUGGAAAUUCCGUCAUUGAAAUCCCCGAAAAGCCCCAAGAUGAGGAGGAAAUGGAAGUUGACGCUCAAACAUCAGAGUCUGAAAGCGAAUCCGAGUCCGAAAACGAAGCAGAAAAGGAAGCCAAACUCUUGAAUGCCUUAAAAUCCAAAGUUGAGUCAAAGAAAAAGUUGAAAAAGGAACGCGCUCCCGUCGUUGAAGAACAAAAUGUCGAAGAAAAUGAGCAAAUGGACACCACAGAAGUUGUUGAAGAAGAAAAAACUUCAAUUCCAGAUGAACCAAAACUCACAAAAACGAAAGACAUCGAAGAAGCUCUCAAAGACUCGGAUUUCCAAGUCUUGGGCAAGCAAGUUUUCGAACAACGGCGUAAAAUUCGGUCUGUUCUUCCAGCGUGGCUUGCAUAUCCGCGCGUUAUUUCCAAUGAUUUGUCCGAUACGACGACGACUGUUGAGGAUUUGUCCUAUUUGGAUGCAAAAAUUAAAGAAAAUUUGCUCGCUUCCGGGGUUAAACAUCUAUUUCCCGUACAAAAAGAGGUAAUUCCGUUCAUUUUGGACAUCCAAUCAAAGCCGAGUCCCUUUUGGCCCCGAGAUAUUUGCUGUUCAGCUCCAACGGGAAGCGGUAAAACUUUGGCAUUUGCUGUUCCAAUCGUGCAAUUACUCCUGCAACGAGUCCAACGAAAGGUUCGCGCUUUGGUGAUCUUGCCUGUUAAUGAAUUGGCGGAGCAAGUCUUUCAAGUUUUCAAGCAGUUGUGUAAAGACACAAAAAUCGUCGCAACCCUAUUAACGAGCUCCAUGCCGCUUGCUCAAGAACGCUCAAGACUCGUAGAAAAUAUCAACGGACAAUAUUUCUCCAAAGUUGACAUCGUUGUAACCACUGCGGGACGUCUCGUUGAGCAUUUACAAUCGACCGAAGGCUUUUCCAUCAAGGAUUUGCGGUUUUUGGUCAUCGACGAAGCGGAUCGUGUCAUGGAUCAAAUCCAAAAUGACUGGUUAUAUCACUUGAAUAAGCACAUAAAACUCGAAAAUGAGUCCUAUUUGAUGGGAAAAUCGAUUCCUUUGAGUGUAAGCAGUUUAAGAAACACCUCGAGACCUCCUCAUAAACUGCUAUUUUCCGCAACUUUGAGUCAGGAUCCGGAAAAAAUCCAAAAAUUCAAGUUGUUCCAUCCGAAAUUGUUCACCACAGUCAUUCAUAAAGACUCUGCAGAGCAAGAAACGGAUGAAAAUGGCGAAAAAUUGACGAAUAACAAGGAAAAACGCGGAGAUUUUAUCGGAAAAUAUACGACUCCAGCGAAUUUGGUUGAGAAUUAUUGUCUUACGGAGACACGAUUGAAGCCGCUGAGUGUUUAUGCGUUGCUAAAAGAGAACAAUUGGCGACGAUUUUUGUGUUUCACCAACAGUACAGAUGCCUCACAUCGUUUGUCGUUCGUGUUACAAGAACUUUUCGGCGACGAAAUGGUCAUUGAGGAGCUUUCGAGUACUUUGAGCUUGGCUGCACGUAAAAAUGUCCUCCACAAAUUCGCUUCGUUCAAAGUUAACGGCAUCAUUAGCACAGAUGCACUUGCUCGAGGUAUCGAUAUUCCAGCAGUGGAUGUCGUUAUCUCAUAUGACGCCCCAAAACACGUCAAAACCUACAUUCAUCGCAUCGGCAGAACAGCUCGUGCUGGCCAAGCAGGCGUCGGAAUAACGCUCCUUGAGAAAUUCCAGCUGAAACCCUUCCAGAAAAUCAUUGAACAAGCAGGAAAGGAGUCCGUAGCGGAAAUUAAGACGAAUCCAAGUAUUGAGGAAAGCAAAGCUUUGGAUUAUGCAAACACCCUGAAGGCAUUGCAAAAGGCUUUGGAGAAGGAAAAAGCGAUUAUGAAACGAAAAACUUCGAAAAAAGCUGAUUUGGGACCCAAGAACCUUUUGGAUCAAAUCCGACAACAAAUCAGCCAGGACGAAGCGAAAUACUUUAAUCAUCAUAUCCCAUCGAGUUGGAGGGAAGAAAAUAUCAAAGAAAGUGCCGAAAAUCAAUAUAAAGCGAAUAAACGGUUCAAGGGCGAGAUCCCGAACAAAAAAGGAAAGAAAGGUGACACACGAAAAAACUCAGGAAAGCAAAAUUUCAAGAAAAAUCCCAAGAAACCUGUUCAUACGAAAUAAAAAAUGUUUAUUUUUACAACUUA